AUUUCCUGGCUUGUGAUUUGGCCAACGAGUUGCAGCUGCCGUGUGCCAGAGGUUCUGGGUGUCCCGGCGGUGAGGACGUGCUGGAUUUGUCCCCAGUAUUCCCUCUACCCCAUACGCGUACGCUGCCGGUACCCGCCACAGGAAGAAGCUUUUUCAGGGGUCAAGCGCGGCUCUGGCUCUGAGCCCUCGGCUCCCAGUCUGCGUGCCGUGUCGCUCCGAGUCCCCGGUCCCAGCUGCGCGGGAUGAAGCUGCUGCUGGCUUCCAUCGCCUUCCUGGCCACGCUCGUGGUGACGUUGGGACACCCCGACCCCGCGCUGGACUGGCACUGGCAGCUCUGGAAGAAAACCUACGGCAAGGAGUACCGCCACAAGAAUGAGGAAGGGGACCGGCGCGUGACAUGGGAGAGGAACCUGCGACUGGUGACGCUGCAUAAUCUGGAGCACUCCCUGGGGCUGCACUCCUACGAGCUGGGCAUGAACCAUCUGGGAGACAUGACCAGCGAGGAAGUGGCGGCUUUGUUAACCGGGCUGAACGUUGUCCCUCGGCCAAACCGAACCUCCACGUACCGACCACAACCUGGCAGCAAAGUCCCGGACACGGUGGACUGGAGGGAGAAAGGAUGCGUCACGGAUGUGAAGAAUCAGGGCGCUUGUGGGUCGUGCUGGGCCUUCAGUGCCGUGGGAGCCCUCGAAGCCCAGGUGAAGCUGAAGACGGGGAAGCUGGUGUCCCUGAGUGCCCAGAACCUCGUUGACUGCUCCAUGAUGUACGGGAACAAAGGCUGCAACGGAGGUUUCAUGACCCGAGCUUUCCAGUACAUCAUCGACAACCAAGGGAUUGACUCGGAUGCUUCCUACCCCUACACGGCUCAGAACGGGACAUGUCAAUACAACGCUUCCACACGAGCCGCCACUUGCUCCAAGUACGUUGAGCUCCCGUACGCCGAUGAAGCAGCCCUAAAAGACGCUGUAGCCAACAUCGGACCAGUGUCUGUCGCCAUUGACGCCACCCAGCCCACCUUCUUCUUGUACAGGUCAGGUGUGUACGAUGACCCCCGGUGCACACAGGAGGUGAAUCACGGAGUAGUCGUGGUCGGCUACGGCACCCUAAAUGAUAAGGAUUACUGGCUUGUGAAAAACAGUUGGGGCGUGCGUUUUGGUGACGAGGGCUAUAUCCUCAUGUCAAGAAACCAUGCGAACCAUUGCGGGAUCGCCAGUUAUGCCUCUUAUCCGAUAAUAUAGACGGACCCUGAGGCCACGAGGCUUCGGUUGAACUACUGAUGCUACGCUUGCAUGGAUCUACUGAUUUCAAGAAUCAUUUUCUGGCUCUGUGGGCAACGUCCUUCUGAUAGAUCAGCCUGUGUUACGGGCUGGGACGGAGUCUUCUGCGUGGGAGGAUUUUGGAAUGUGAUUUACAGGCACCUAGUGACUUCUUUUUGGGGAAAAAAUGACUGGGGGUUUUUUUUCAGGGUAAAAUUGCAAUAACUGUCUUUAUAAUGGAGAUCACCUACGGUUAUAACAGAGAUCCUGUUUUCCUCUCUCCAGUCCAGCACUGACUACUGCUAUGAUGACACAGAUAUCCCUCUGUCUCUGUGCGAUGUUGAUGAAAUUGCAGAUGUUCUUUGAAAAAUAAAAGAUCAGUUUUACUGUCCAAAA